UCAAAUUGAUCCAGCAUUGUAUCACACGAAUAUAUCAAUAGAGCCAAGAACAAAGACCCUUUGAAGUUCCAACCAACGUGACACACAGACACACGAUCUCUUAUCUUUCUUUUUCUGUUCCUUUCUCUUUACUUGUUCACUUCUACCCGAGAAAGAAUACAUACCAAGAGAAAGUGUGUCUUAUUUUUUUGCGAAUGGAGUUUGAUGAAGUCAACCACUUUGUCAAGCAUGGAAAGCCAACGACGCCAUUGGACUCAGACGAUCGCAGCAUUGCCGCAUUGGCAAUCGGAACUCCCUAUUAUCCUGAUUUCCCGUACCCACAAACAUUCACCAGCAUCAAUAAUAAGAAACGGCCCAUUACAGCCAAAUUCGUCGACACAGUCCGCCAUCGAUUAAAGAAAUCGUCUAGCGUCACAGCAUCUACAAACAGUAAUGUUGAGGGAACAGAUCUUUUCCAGCACCAUAGCGGUAGUAGCAGCAGUAUUGCGCGCCAACAACAAAGUCAACGUCGUCGUCCUCUGAAACGAGCAACAACAUCUACUUCGAAAAAGGCGGCAACAACAACAACAACAACAACAACAACAACAACGAGGACCGAUAGAUCAACCGCGAGUGAUAGUACUGGUACACGCACUAUUGCAACGACGACAGCAACAACACCAUUACUGGUCAAAUCAAGUACUGAUUCGCACCAUCAAAAUCAUCGACCACGAGAAAGAUCAGGUGGUCACCGGUUACUACUGUCUCGUUUGAAGAAACAGCAACAGCACCACCAUCAUCAUCAUCAUCAUACUAGUGGCGGUGUCGUAGAAGAAGGAGGCUACUAUUCUGUAGACGAUUCAUUGUAUCGCCGGACGAAACAGAGGUCUACAUCUUCGAGACUGUGGAAACGACGACGGCGACCAAGACGAUUAUCUUCAGCUAUUGAACCCCCUGAUCCCAUGUCCGCCACGGCGACGACGACGACAACGACAACCAUUCCAGUAGUAGCAGCACUAUCAACGCAAAAGUUGGCUGAUCUGCAGAUGAUCAGUGAUCAAAUGCGAAGGUUUUGUGUGCCGUCUGACUGGGCAAGUGUUACGAGGCGGCCCUCGCUAACUGCUUUUCCCCUACCACCCAUAUUGGAAGGUUUGGAUCGACAAAGGGGCUCUCCGCUAACACUGGCCAGUGUGUUGAAUGACAUGACAAUGAGCAUCUCUCGAUACCAGUAUCUGUGCGAUCAAGAGCAGCAACGCAUCGAGUCCAGUCGUCAGGAGAUCGAGGAGCAUGUUUUCAAGUUACAACAACUGGAUCGUGACGUGGAACAACUCAACAGCAAGAUCGUGUUGGCACGGUCCGAAGGCAUGGAAGGACUGCAGCAUAUGCUCCAGGACACGCAACUCCGUUUGCCACUUGUCAAAGAGGCACGUUUGCGGCACAAAAGGACGGUGGCGGCAAUUGAAGGCUACAACAAAAGCAUGAAUUAUGCCGUGCGACUUGCGGAUCUGCAGAGUAAAGUGUUUGCUGCACGACAGCGUCAGCUGACCUGGAAUUGUGUCCAGCAGUGGAUUCCGUCUAUUGUUUUGCUUGCUGCAUCGGCAUUGCUGGGACUGUUGAUAUCGUAUACGCACUAAGUUCCUGACUGUCCUCAUCAUACCGUCGUCAAUAAUCCAUAUUCACUACAUACUUUAUUGCUUCUAUAUACCCUCCAUCAUUCCAGAGCCAAAACGUUUGCCCUCUCCACUAUUCCAAUUCUUCUGUUGUUGUAACUUUACUAUUACGAUACUAUGCUACUAUGCUCCCCCUCGGAAAAAUGUGUACAUAAUUACUUCAUACUCUUCUAAAGACGGUUGGCCAUUAAUCUAUUGUUUAUUCCAGUGAGGAACGCAAAGCUCCCAAACCGGG